AUGCAUGAAUUAGAGCGUGAAUUAAUAUCCCAAAUGGAUACCGUGGAGAGUCUUUAUUCAAAUUUAUCGCUUCCACUGUUCUACACCUUCAUUUGCGGACGCCUUCUGGCCGGUCUGGCGGUGGGAAUUUUUCACUUCCUCGUCCCCAUCUACCUGGAGGAUCUCAUGGCUAGUGGCUCAUGCAAGGACACGCGUCUCCUCAUCGACAACGUCAUCUGCACUCAAUUUGCCAUCGGAGUCCUUGCUCAGUUCGGAGCUGCAGGAUAUCUCCAGAGUAGCAUUUCAAUCCACCUACUCUCCCUCAUUCCGGCCAUCCUCAUCGCCAUCGGACUAUUUUUCAUUCCCCAAUCGCCGAGAUAUUUGUGCAAUGUGGGAAAGAGUGAGGAGGCGAGAGAAAUUCUUCAGCUGUUCCGGGGAUCGCUGAGAAACUGUAAUGACACCAAGCAGAUUGACGUCGAUAUUGAUUUCUGGUCGAGCAAACAGGACCAAAUUGCUUUUGGGACCAUUUUCGAGAGUGUCAACAGUAUAAAAUUGCUCUUUCCAACACUUGGACUCAUUUUUUGGGAGCAGAUGAUUGGAAUUGUCGUUAUAUUCUUCUAUUUAAUUCCCUGCCUUCAUCACUUGCAUGACGGAAACACAGGAAUGACAGAAACUCUUUUAGUGACAAUUGGUUUUGUCAUCGGAACUAUUCUGGCCACUUUCAUGCGCUGCAGAAUCAACUACAAGUGUCUACUAAUGACAUCUGCAUUUAUCAUGGGUGUCCUUCUAAUUGUCAUUGGGCAGAACGAUCAUGCCCAGAGAAGUACACAUCGCUCGAAUCGGAACUUUGGAUAUUUCCCGGCAGCGUGCUUUUCCGUCUUCCUGAUGCUCUAUGCGUUUGGCUUUCGCAGGAGCGUUUCAAUCUAUCAGCAUCAGCUGAUCGAGCGCAAGAAGCUCCUUCUCUGGCGAUCCCUAAGCGUGUCGAUUGCUUGGGCGACUGUCACCUUCAUCUCCUGGAUCUUUGCUUACGGUUGGCCAGUGGUUGGUCUCGGAUGGAUACUGAUCUUCAUUGGGAGCAUAAGUCUUCUGGCUGUGAUUUUUAUACUGGCAUGUGUUCCAAGGAUAGAAAAUCAAGGGAGUCCGAAGGAAGAAUUUUUGGAUAACUUCGACAAUGUGUCUCUAAACAACGCUGCAUAAAACAACCUUUGGUAA